CUUCCCUGGAUGUGGCGAACCAGUUAUCGUUUGGAUUUUUGAAAAUUGCAAUAUACAAUAUGGAAAUCACCGAUACACACGCUCAAAAAAUCAGCAUGCAAUUCCUUUUGUUAAUAGCCAUUAAAGAAAACGGGAAUCAGCUUAUAAUAGGGAACCGACAGUUCGGACGCCAGUGGGACGCGAGACGCCGCCCCGAGUGCAAGUCAUGGCCGCCUUCCGGAGCACCGGGGUUUCCUUCGCUCGAAUCUCCCUUUUCCUGCUCUUGACCAGAGGCUCACUCGCGCAGGAGGACCCAGAGACAUCGCUCGCGGAGUUCAUUGGUGACCCUCAGGACCCGGACAGGCGAGGUUACCUGACCCGAGAGGUCAAUUGGACGGAACCCAUACACAAGGUCAGCCUCUGCGCCAAGAUCAAGGUUAACAGCUUGACCUCGAGUGCCCAAGUCCCUCUGCUCAGCUUCAGCCACCGCGCUUGCUUCUCCGAACUGCUGUUGGUCGUCGACACGAAGGCCUCCGAGCUGGAGUUCCGCUGCUGCGACUUCAGAGUGAGCGUCCGGCUGCCGAUCGAGGGGAGACUGAGAGCCAACGAGUGGGAAGCGCUAUGUUUCUCCGCAGACCUCAUCACGGGGCAUCUGAGCUUCGUGCAUCGUGAUCAGCGCUCGCAAUGGCAGCUGAACAAGACUCAGAUUCCUGCAGCGGUGAGAGGAUCGGGAGUCGCGGUUGUUGGUAGUAUUCAGAACAGAUACGACGGCGGGCUAACGGAGGGCUUCACUGGUACCGUCGCCAGCCUGACGCUCUCCGACGCCUUCGUCAGCGAGCCAGAGGCGGCGGACUUCAUCGGCGACUGUGCGACGAUUCUGACUUCGGGGAUUCUGAGCGUGAAAACUGUGGGGGUACCUGACAGCGGCUGGAAGUUAUCCCCCGGCGUGAGUCUUUCGCCUCUCAGCUUGCAGCCCCUCUGCCCCGAGAACUUGAUCUUGAUGCUGCCGGGGAGGCACAGCCACGACGAGGCGGCCGGCUUCUGCAGGAGCGCCGGAGGUUCCCUUCCGGGAGAUGACGACGUCGUCAGACUGCGAGCAAACUUCAAUGAUUCUGUGGCUAGUUGCCAAAACCCUUUCGGCGCAUGGCUGUGGCUGGGGCCCUUCAAGCUCUAUAAGCAAGAACAAUGGACGCUUGUCACAAGCGACGUCCAGAGUGGCUCUGCGAAGCUUUGCCGCUCUGUCAACCCGAAGGAGGACGCGAGGGUGGACCUGCCGUGCGAGGAGAGGGUGUGCGCGGCGUGUCUGGUUCCUCGGCGCCCCGUCCUCACCCUCCGGCUCGGCUGCGAGGAAGUUUGGGAUCGAGUCUUCUCUUACGUGUUCGAGAAUUCGGGUCCUCCUCAGCUCGUGUCUGCCUUUGGCUCUUCGAUUUCGUGGGAGGCCGACCUCUGGACGCUGAAGAACACAGAAGGAACCGUGCUGUUCACCACCGGAGAGGCGGGCAGCACACGCCUAACCCUGCCGCUCGGGACGCACUCCUGGACGAAGCAGCAUAGCGACCUCCAGUGCCCGAUGAAGACCCAAAUCCUCCUCUCCCUCUGCGACUCCGACCGCCUCUCGUGCGACGACGGCCUCACCUGCCUGCCGACGUCGUCCAAGUGCGACCAGGUGGCCGACUGUAGCGACGGCAGCGACGAGCGCGACUGCACGCCCACCCCGAGGUGGGAGAGGGACUCGACCCUUCCUCCGCCCCCGCUCUCGCCCAACGACACCACACACAUCAACCUCCUCGUCACCGCCUUCUCGCUGGAGGCGCUCGAGCCCACCACCUUCGCCGUGGAGGCCCGCGUGUCUCUCGAGCUCCAGUGGAACGACCCGAGGGUUACCUUCCACAACUUGCUCGAGGGCGAGACACCCGUCCCUCCGCAGGCAGAUAUGUGGGUGCCCCUGCUUGAGGGCAUGUGGGCGCCCUCCGAGGUCACCCGCAUAGCCCAGGCCGGCCAGGCGUCUCUCGCGGCUGUCAGAACACAGCACGAACCCAAAGUCAACCUCUCUACUCAAGACCUGAAAUAUUCCGGUCGCUGGCAUCCGUGGGAACUUCGCCAAACACACCUGGUCAGCUCCUCGUGUCAAUUCCAGCUGCUGUUCCAUCCCUUCGACGUCCAGCGGUGCAAGCUCUCGCUGAGCUUCCAGAACCUCGGCCAGGCGCGAAUCAAGUUGUCGUUCGCUGAGCCCAGGAACAAGGCCUUUAAAACUGCCAAGGGACAAAUCUUGAAUAACUACGCGGUCAAGGAGGUGACGAUGGAGGAAGGGGAACAGAGUGACCUUCACCCGAGUGUGACCUUCACCCUGACCCUCCGGCACAACGGCGUUCGGGCUCUGGCGGUCGUGCACAUACCAACCUGCUUGCUCGUCUUCCUCACUUAUGCCGUGCUGUUUGUGCCUGUGCAUUACGUGCGGACGAGGCUGCUGACGACCGUCCUGUGCCUGGUGGGCGUGGCGCUCGUGUUCUGGGGGGCGUCGCUCUCGAGGCUCGUCCAUUUCCACGCCCAAGUCACCUUCCUCGGGGCGUGGGUCCUCAUCGUCUUCGUCUUCAUCUCCUUCGCGAUCGUGUUCGAGGCGGCGGUGGCCAUCGCGCUCAGUGUGCAGCGGCCGCAGGCGGGAACGAAAGGCAAGUGGGACUCUCGAGUGAUCCCCUUCGAGCCCGCCGACUCCCUCGAGGACGACCCCCCAGCCUCGAGUCCGACCUCCCUGCCGAACCUGAUUAACCUGACGGCGCAGGUCCUCCUUGGGAUCGCCGGGCUGGCGGCCUUCCUCUGGUACCUGAUUUACGGCGCCGUCCAGCCCGGGAGCAUGGCCGCGGCCGAUGAGUGAC